AUCCUAAAAGUGUACUAGUGACGAGGAGGGGAUUAAGAAAAGUACUUCUUCUGUUUUGUUUUUUUAUAUGAGAAAAGGGAUUAAUUAUGCCGGACCAAAUCACAGUUUCAGAGUUUGUGGCAGAGACGAAUGAAGAUUAUAAAUCGCCGACUGCCUCUAACUUCACCACCAGGAUGUCCCACUGCAGGAAUACUGUGACCGCUCUGGAGGAGGCUCUAGAUGUGGACCGCAGUGUUCUGUACAAGAUGAAGAAGUCUGUGAAGGCCAUCUACACGUCUGGUCUGGCUCACGUGGAGAACGAGGAGCAGUACACACAGGCUCUGGAGAAGUUUGGAGAAAACUGUGUAUAUAGAGAUGAUCCUGACUUGGGUUCAGCUUUCCUCAAGUUCUCUGUCUUCACCAAGGAGCUCACUGCACUCUUCAAAAACCUGUUCCAAAACAUGAACAACAUCAUCACCUUUCCCCUGGACAGCCUGCUGAAAGGAGACCUGAAAGGAGUCAAAGGGGAUCUGAAAAAGCCUUUUGACAAAGCCUGGAAGGACUACGAAACCAAAGUCACCAAGAUAGAGAAGGAGAAGAAGGAGCACGCGAGGCAGCAUGGGAUGAUCAGGACGGAAAUCAGUGGAGCGGAAAUUGCAGAAGAGAUGGAGAAGGAGAGGAGAUUCUUCCAACUGCAGAUGUGUGAGUAUCUCCUCAAAGUCAACGAGAUCAAAAUCAAGAAGGGAGUGGACUUGCUGCAGAACCUCAUCAAGUACUUCCACGCACAGUGCAAUUUCUUUCAGGACGGUUUGAAAGCUGUAGACAACCUGAAGCCUUCCAUAGAAAAACUGGCCACAGAUCUGCACACGAUAAAGCAGGUGCAGGAUGAGGAGAGGAAGCAGCUCACUCAGUUACGAGAAGUCCUCAAGUCAGCGCUACAGGUGGAGCAGAAGGAGUCUAGGAGAGAUUCACAGGUGCGGCAGAGCACCACGUAUAGCCUGCACCAGCCGCAGGGCAAUAAGGAGCAUGGCACUGAGCGCAGCGGGUACCUCUACAAGAAAAGUGACGGGCUGAGGAAAGUGUGGCAGAAGAGAAAGUGCACAGCGAAGAACGGAUACCUCACCAUCUCUCACGGCACUGCUAACCGGCCGCCAGCUAAACUCAACCUGCUCACCUGCCAGGUGAAACACAAUCCUGAAGAAAAGAGGAGCUUUGACCUCAUAUCCCAUGACAGAACAUAUCACUUUCAAGCCGAGGACGACCAGGACUGUCAGAUCUGGAUCUCGGUGCUACAGAACAGUAAAGAAGAGGCGUUGAACCAGGCCUUCAAAGGCGACCAGCAUGUCGGCGAGAACAACAUCGUGCAGGAGCUGACCAAGGCGAUCCUGGGCGAGGUCAAGAGGAUGACAGGGAAUGACGUAUGCUGCGACUGCGGAGCGCCGAACCCGACAUGGCUGUCCACCAACCUGGGCAUCCUCACCUGUAUUGAAUGUUCAGGGAUCCACAGGGAGCUCGGAGUCCACUACUCCAGGAUCCAGUCUCUCACUCUGGAUGUACUCAGCACCUCAGAGCUCUUGCUGGCCAAGAAUGUGGGGAAUGCAGGCUUUAAUGAAAUCAUGGAAGCUUGUUUAAGCGCUGAAAAUGUGGUGAAACCCAACCCAGCCAGUGACAUGCAGGCGAGGAAAGAUUUCAUCACAGCCAAGUACACAGAGAAACGUUUUGCCAGGAAGAAAUGUCCAGACGCGACAUCGCGGCUCCACACACUGUGUGACGCCGUGAAGGCUCGCGACAUCUUCUCCCUCAUCCAGGUCUAUGCCGAGGGAGUCGACCUCAUGGAGCCCAUACCUCUGGCCAAUGGACACGAACAAGGGGAGACAGCCCUUCAUCUAGCCGUCAGACUGGUGGAUAGAACCUCUCUUCACAUCGUCGACUUCCUCACUCAGAACAGUUUGAAUUUAGAUAAGCAGACAGCCAAAGGCAGCACAGCACUGCACUACUGCUGUCUGACUGACAACAGCGAGUGUCUGAAGCUGCUGCUGCGAGGGAAGGCGUCCAUAGAGAUCGCUAAUGAAUCCGGAGAGACACCACUGGAUAUCGCUCGUAGGCUGAAACACCUGCAGUGUGAGGAGCUGUUGAACCAAGCACUGGCAGGGAAAUUCAACGCCCACGUACACGUCGAGUAUGAAUGGUGUCUGCAGCAUGAAGACUUAGAUGAGAGUGACGAGGAUCUGGAUGAGAAGCCGAGCCCUCACCGCAGAGAUGAGCGUCCGGUGAGCUGUUACACUCCGAGCAGCAACUCCCACCUCCAGCCCAGCCUGGGCUCCGCUGGCCGCGACGCUGUCAACCUCGGUAAGGACAAGCAGCGCUCCUACAUGCCCAACCUGGUCAACAACGAGACCUACGGCACCAUCCUCAACACCAACCCACCUCAGCCCGGCCUGCCCGUCACCACAUCCGCUCCACCCCUGCCACCGAGGAACCUGGCCCAGUUAUCCGUUCUUGGAGGAAUCGGUCAGUCUUCACCAUCCAGCAGCUGGAAGCCCGGUUCUUUAGAUCUGGUUGGGCGUCAGAGGUCGUCCUCAGACCCCCCCAACAUGCAUCCUCCCAUCCCCCCCAUGAGACUCACCUCAACCGGAGGUCUGGGUCCUUCUUCUGUGGUGAAGAUGGAAGCUUUGAGCCCACACUGUAAGACAGGACAGGGGCCACUGGGGUCCAGAGCAGCACCACCCAAAUCACCUGCAGGGAAUGAUAAAAGCUUUAGCAGAGGACCUCUAAAUCGAACGCAAUCUAUUGAAAGACCAGCUAAGGAAGUGCCAGGAUGCCCCCAGAACUCCAUAGGUCAAUCUCUGCCUCCAGCCCCCAUGCCGAGGAAGGCUUAUCCAAAGCAGAGGCCGAAGCGAGUGAAAGCCAUCUACAACUGUGUAGCAGACAACCCGGAUGAGCUGACCUUCUCUGAGGGCGAGGUGAUCGUGGUGGACGGAGAGGAGGACCAGGAGUGGUGGUUGGGCCACAUCGAAGGCGAUCCGAUGAGAAGAGGAGCCUUCCCGGUUACCUUUGUACACUUCAUCGCUGACUGAAAAGGUCACCGCGGGUCUCAGGAAGUGUCCCGGGAUGCAGCGUCCCUCCUUCAACCGUCUGUGUCUGUCAGUGUGUGUGUGUGUGUGUGUGUGUGUGUGUGUGUGUGAGUUGCCAGCCAUCAUCCCAGUGUGUUGUCGACAUCAUCUUUACUGGCACCAUCAGCGAGCUUGUUAAAAGUGUCACUGUGGCAACUGUAACAGACUCAACACCACAAACUCUGGGCGUUUCCCCUCACGACCAGGAUUCACAGGACUCUGCCGUUUUAAUGCUUGCUGUUAACAUUUCGCUAAGAUUUAAAAACUAUGAUUGUAGUGAACGACCUCUCGCAAUAAAUGCACUUUCCUUGUCUUUAUCCUUGUUGCAAUGUAACAACGACAUUUGACAUAAUGAAGGUUGUAUGUACAGUAUUCAUUUCAUCCGUUUUCUGUUAGAGCGACAGUACUGGGAUGACUACAGCAAUGUAUUUUAACUUACUAACAACUGUAAAUGUGAACAUAGACAACAUGCUUAAAUUCCACCUCUGCGCAUGAGCGAUUUUAGAUGCCUAUGCUUAUAGGUGCAACCUUUUGAACUCUGUAGUAGGCCUCCUGUGUGGAGGUUUCCUAAUGGUGCUAAAUUAACCCUGGAUUAUGUUAGAAGCUCCCUGGCCUCAUUUCACAGUCAGACUAGCAUUGAAAGGGGGAUGCUGCAUGCAAAAAUAGCCUUCAACUCAUCACACCUGGGAGAACUCACUUUUCUCACGCGUGUGAACAUACUAUAACUGCAUAUAAACUACUUCUACGAAUGCUCUCUCAAACACUCGUUCUGCCUGUGCUGUCUUAGCGUGUAAGAUAAUACUCAACAGCAAACACCCCAGUGCUUCCUCACUCACCGUUUUAGGUCAAAUGACAAUACUGACUGGAGCUGCAGCAGCCAGUAAUUACGCUUAUGCUGAGUCUGACACCUCGGGCUGUCUUCGCCUGUCAUCUGCCUUAUUAGAGGAAUAGGAAGUGUGUUUGAGUGUGAAUGUCAUGUCUGCACAGAAUAAGCUGAGACUAAAAGAAUAUUGAAGUAAGAGGACAUUAAACAAAUAAAAAAAAAUGUUUUUUAUGAGUGUGGGAAUGUGAUGAAAAGCAGAAGCCAGCUGUGUGACUUUUGUUUCUUCAUCUUGCCUUUGAGAGCGUUCACACUCUGACAGGCUGAUUUAUUUUCUUUUCUGUUCCUGUAUUAAGUCUGUACAACCCUGCAUAGAGAAAGGAAUAUCCUUCCUACAGCUUAAGCCUCUCUCUUCUGUCUGUACAUCUCUGGGGUCAAAUAAUGUAGAAAGAUGAGUUUUAUCUAUAGUGUUAUAAAAUAAAUCUAAAACAUUCAAUGUAAUUUACUUCAUUUUGGUUGCAGAGCAACUCUCUUUCUGUGUAUAAAUACUGUAUGUUGAUAUUUAGGCAUUUAACAUGAAACCAGAGCCUUCCAUGGAUUUGUGAAUGACAUGAGGAGAAGCAUGUGAAUCGCAGCUCACACAACUCUCUUCAUCACGUUUAAUAUGAACUCACUGGAAACAGGAAGAUUUAUUAAUAAUCUAUACAUGUAAAUAGAUUUUGGUUUUGUUUGUUGAUAUUUAAAUGUAAAAAAAAGAGCAGAGUUAACCAGUAAAUGUCUUUUAAAUGCACUGUGGUGAUGAAAAGUUACAGAUACGACCUCAGCUGGACCUGUGUGUGUGUGCGUGUGUCAAAAACACAAAUGCAGACACACACAACUGGGAUAAUGAACUCAAUUCAUUCUCAUUAACUGUCGUGGAUCACUGCAUCGACUCUUAACUCUAUUGUGCAAGUAAAUGGGAAACUGAA